AUGUUACGUUUAAUUUGGAGCGAUUUAUUAAAACAGGUAUACGUUAAAAUUAUUCAAAAAGCAAAAAGUAUUGUUGAAAAAAUAUUUUUACAUUUCAAGAAAUCAUUAAUAUUAAACAUUAUUAAUUAUUUCAGAACCAGAAUUUAGUGUUAUUACGAUACUUAAGUACAAAGGCAAAGAGUAAUAUACCAAAGACAAACGUAAAUGUUACAGGACUUAGUGAGAAGUGCUGUAAAAUUCCAAAUAGUCCUGUAGGACCUUGUGCUGCUAAAGAUAAAGAAUAUAAAAAUCCAGAGUAUUUUUGUUAUCACAUAGACACCUUUGGAGAAGCAGAAGUAGAAUUAGCCAAAUAUAGAUUACCAGCUCCUUCUAAUAAAGUACCUUUUAAUAAAUAA